AUGGCGGCGGCGGUAGCGACGCUGGCGGCGGCGUUGGAGGGUCUGCCUGCGGCCGGAGCAGUUGAGGCUGUGGCGACGGCCAUGGGCGACGUGCUGACGUGCGCAGCGGCAGGUGGGCGGCCGCGUGCGACCGAAGUUGGGCCGGGCUUUCCGCACGCGGCACUGGUGGCGAGCCUGGAGGCGGUGGUGCCCGAGUCGACCGACGACGAUGCGGUGUGCCAGGUGGUGGCGCUGGUGGCCGCGGCGCCUGCGGAGCUCCCGCCUGUCUACGCCUCGCUUGCAGCGGCGCUGCUCGGCCUCGCUGGCGACGAGGUGCCACUGCGGCGGAUGGGCCUCGCGCUGGAACUGGUCGAAGCGCGGCUGCCAGUCCUGCCGUCCCAGACGGCGCCGUGGGGCGCGCUGCUGUGGCGGACUCUCGCCCGCGACGACCUUGGGCUUGCAGCGCGGGCGAACGCGGCACUUGUGCGGCUUGCGGCUGCGGGUUCGGCGACGGUCUUUGCGCCCGAAGCGCUGGCGUGGGUCCAGGGGGCCUCGUUUACCCGUGAUGGCGAGCUUGUUGCGCUUCGGGUGUGGGAGGCGCUGGUGGCGAUUGCAGGUGCGGAGCCGACGGCGGCGCCGGUGGCGGCUGUGGCCGAGCACAAGCUGCUGGCGCCGCUACUGGAGACGCUGGCAGACCCGAGCGUCGACGUGCUCAUCCAGCUCAACAUGCUCGAGCUUGUGGUGGCCGCGGUCCAGACUCGGGCUGGACGUGAGCUGCUCACCGGGUCGACGCUUGAGGCGCUGGCAAGUGUGGCGCUGGCGAGUGAGACGCUUCGGCCGAUACGAGCCUCGCUGUUGCACAUUGUGGCGCCGCAGGUGGCGCACGUGGCGCCGCACCUUGAUCUUGUGGCGCUUAUGGCUGCACUGAGCAGCGACGACGCCUCGCUCGGCUUUGGCUCGCUUGGCCUAGCGCUCUCGACGCCGGAAGGGUUCGACGCGGUCAUGGGCCACGCCGACGGCCCGGGGUUGGUGGCGCUGGCGGCUGAGACUGCGCUGGCAGAGCCCGGCUCGCCGCUACACGCACCGGCCGACACGGUUGCGGCGCUGCACUCGCUCGGUGGCGCGCUGUCGAGCCUGCCAGACGAGGCGUCGGCGCGGCUGCUGGCCAUUGUGACGGCGGCCGAGUCUGCUGGCGGAGCGGCGCUGCUCUCGCGACGCGAGCUGCCGUUCCCUGAGCAGCGCGUGGCAGUCUACGGGUUCCUAGCCGGUGCCGCAAGAAGCGGUGCCGGCAUCGAGUGGCUGGCAGCGCUCCCGGGCUUUAUGAGCCUCGUCUCGAACAUUGCGUCGGACGUGGACAAGGCGUCGCUCGAGGCCAAGCACCGCAUGGUCUGCGCCAUGACUGGUCACCCGGCGUCUGCGCUUGCCGCCGCCUUUGGGGACAACAGUGGGGCCCGCAUCGCCCAGCUCGCCGAGUCUGGCAUCCUCACGCCCGAGUCUGGCGUUGGCGGAUCGCCGGCCGCCAUGCUCCCGCCGGUGACCAUUGCCUAG